CAGCCGUCGGUAGGGGAGAGGAGCUGCCUUUAAAAGGCGCGGACGGUUGUUUUGGGUUUAAAGCGGCCGCUCGUCUAGGGGAGGGUCGUUCGAUUGUGUCUGUAACGUAUAUAUUUUCUUUACCCGGCGGGAGUACGGUUAUUAAGAGUCGGUCUCGGGUUCACUGAUCGUGCGUGCGGAAGCUCGGGCUGUGAUGGUUCCCCAGGCCGCUCCCGGUCCCCGCUGCCCGGCCUCUUCAUGCCGCCGUGCCCCGCGAUCGCUCGCCUUCCAUACGCGGCGUUUCCUCACCUCGAGAGCGGCGGCCACUGCCUUAGACACCAGUAACAGCAGCAACAGAGAAUCCGUGUUUAGUCGGCCCGUCUCCGUUUGAAGCGGCAGAGAAAGAGAGGCCUCCGCAUCCCGGACCGGACACACCGAGCUGUCAGGGUCCGCCAGCAUCGUGUUGCUCUUGUUCCUCUGACUGAAGUGGAGUUGGUCAACUUUACCAAGAUGAAACUAUUAGAAAACACGAACUUCGAGGCAAUGAACUCCCAGCUUACCAUUGAGACUGGUGACUCUCACAUUAUAGGGCGGAUAGAGAGCUAUUCCUGCAAAAUGGCAGGGGAUGACAAGCAGAUGUUUAAACAGUUCUGCCAAGAUGGACAGCCCCAUGUCCUGGAAGCCCUUUCCCCACCUCAGACUACUGGAAUUAGUCCAAACAGGUUGAGUAAGAGCCAAAGUGGUGAUGAAGGAGAGGGACCACUCUGUGACAAGUGUAGCCGCAAGACACUCUUCUACCUGAUUGCUACACUCAAUGCAUCAUUCCGCCCGGAUUAUGACUUCAGCACAGCUAAAAGCCACGAGUUCAGCAAAGAACCCAGUUUGAACUGGGUGGUGAAUGCUGUGAACACCAGCUUGUUUUCUGCUGUCGGAGAGGAGUUUAACACAUUGAAACCCCAGCUUUGGGAUGCUAUUGAUGAAGAGAUUUGUCUGUCAGAGUGUGACAUCUACAGCUACAAUCCUGAUCUGGACUCAGACCCAUAUGGCGAGGAAGGCAGCCUUUGGUCUUUUAACUAUUUCUUCUAUAACAAGAAACUCAAAAGGAUUGUGUUCUUCACGUGCCGCUCUCUAAGUGGUUACUUGUAUAGUCAGGGCACUGAGACCAGCAACAACUUUGAUAUGGAUCUGGAAGAUGACACCCUCCUUAGUCAGGAUGAAGAUGAGGAUGAAGCAGAAGCAAUCGAAGAGACCAGGUACCAGGCAGUGUGCGUCUAAGCAAUGAACACAUCACCCACUCUUCAGCACCUUUGCUUCCUGUAACCUCUAAAUGGACUGCAAAUGUGUGAAGCUGAAAGACCAAUGUGUUCCUCAUUUUAAUCUCAGGCAUUUAAACUUAUUUUUGACUUUGGUGCAGAUCUGUUGGUAGACUCGGUGAGUUUUGAGAGUAUUGCACCAGAAACACUCAGGAGGCCUUUGGUUUUUAAAUGGCUGCCUCCUGUCCUUUGACCCAGGAUUACCAGAGUGGAUGAGUCAUUGUAGCAGUUCUUUUUGGCUCCAUCGCUGACAUUCAUCUCUUGUUACAUGUACGAUCUGGCAUGUUUAAAAAGCCAAGUGAACAAACUGUUGUCUUACGUGAGAAGAAAGGAUGAGUACACCAGUGUAUUCCAUGGAUCAGGGUCAGCUUUGCACUUACAAGCUCUUGGCUGUUGUGAAGGAUUUUGUUUUUUGGCAUAACAACUCUGAAAAUCAGCACACUGUCAACUUCCUGGUGAUUUCUGCAAAGUGCCCAAUACCUCCCACUGUCUGUCAGCAUGUGUUUGGUGUCCUGUGUUGCUGGCUUAUAGCUGAGUAUACUGAUUGUAGAGGACUAGAUCAGGUUCUGCACCCCGAGGACAACUGAUUAAUAAUCAUCUUGUUUUGCUUUUAAAGUGCUUGUGCUGUCUUAUCCAAUGCUGAAGUUUUUCCAUCUCGCUUGCCCCAUUUUUUCUUUUUUUGAAAGACCUUUGAACUAUUCUGGUGGUUUUUCUUUUUCAGCAGGCUGUAGUCAAUUAGAUUGUUGCUGUUCCUCUAUUCUGGUUCUAAAUUGGAGCUUGCAGUGUGGCAGAGCCGACCACACGCACUCACCCUGUAAAGUCGUCUUUUAAGUAUAUCUUUUGAUUCACGAAUAUUGUAUCAGCUUAAAUGCUUUGCAUAUGUUAGAAAUAAGAGAUAUCAAGGUGUAGAGCUGGAUGAACACAGCAGGCCAAGCAGCAUCUUAGGAGUAG